UAUAUCAAAAAAAGAAGAAUAAUUCCAUUUUAUAUAGAACCUAUAGACAACUAAUAAUCAAAGAAAAAAAAAACACAAGAAUAUUUCAACACAAAUCUAGAAAAAAAGAAGCUACAAUUUUCACCAUCCUCACAUAAUAUAUAUAAACAUUCUCUUAUCUCUUUUAUAACCACAUUCAUCUUUUGCAUCAACAUUCAUAUAAUCACAACCAUAGCAUAUUUAUGACAGUGAUGAAAAUCAUGUGGAAAUCAAUAUUUCCAAGCUGUUACAAGGCUGAAGAUACUGAAUAUUCUUCAGCCAAAGCCAAAGAAACAACAAAAGUGGUUGCUACAAAGACAAAUUCUUUCAACAGAAUCUCUCUCACGGAUCUGAGUUUUCCAAGUGCUACAACACUUUCAGAAGAUCUUUCAAUCUCUUUAGCUGGUUCUAAUCUCUAUGUUUUCACUCUAGCUGAGCUGAAGCUUAUUACUCAGACUUUCUCUUCAACGAAUUUUCUUGGUGAAGGAGGGUUUGGUCCUGUUCAUAAAGGUUUCAUUGAUGAUAAGGUUAGGCAUGGACUUGAGCCUCAACCUGUGGCUGUUAAGCUCUUGGAUUUGGAUGGUUCUCAGGGUCAUAAAGAAUGGCUGACUGAGGUUGUGUUUCUUGGUCAACUAAGACAUGAACACCUUGUGAAGCUGAUUGGAUAUUGCUGUGAAGAAGAACAUAGGCUUUUGGUUUAUGAGUAUUUACCAAGAGGGAGCUUGGAAAAUCAACUAUUUAGAAGAUAUUCAGCAUCAUUACCAUGGUCAACAAGAAUGAAAAUUGCGGUCGGAGCUGCAAAAGGUCUAGCCUUUUUACAUGAUGCAAAGAAACCAGUCAUCUAUAGAGAUUUCAAAGCUUCAAACAUCUUAUUAGACUCGGAUUAUAAUGCAAAACUCUCUGAUUUUGGCUUGGCAAAAGAUGGCCCUGAAGGUGAUGACACACAUGUUUCAACUAGAGUCAUGGGCACUCAGGGUUACGCCGCACCCGAAUAUAUCAUGACAGGACAUUUGACAGCAAUGAGUGAUGUGUACAGUUUUGGAGUAGUCCUAUUGGAGCUACUAACCGGAAGAAGAUCAGUGGACAAGGCACGUCCACCAAGAGAACACAAUCUAGUGGAAUGGGCCAGACCAGUUCUAAACGACGCCCGAAAACUCACCCGAAUAAUGGAUCCAAGGCUCGAAGGCCAGUACUCCGAAAUGGGAGCAAGAAAAGCAGCUGCAUUAGCUUACCAAUGCUUAAGCCACAGACCACGAAACCGUCCUACAAUGUCAACCGUAGUUAACACUCUCGAACCUCUUCAAGACUUUGACGAUAUACCAAUAGGCCCAUUCGUUUACACAGCUCCGAGCGAUGUUAGUAACAACGAAGUCAAGAACGAGAAUAAUAGCAUCGAUACACCAAAAGAGAGAAAAAGAGAAAGCACUCAUGGAAAUCAACAUGGCCAUAAGAAAGAUGGUGAAGAAUAUUAUGAUAAUCCUAAAGAGAAGAGAAGGGAAAGUAGUGAGAAUAAUAGAAGACAUCAUCAUCGUCGUCAGAAUAUUGGACAUAGGCAUCCAUUGAAGUCACCAAAAGAACAAAGACAUAAUGUACACCAAAGUGGGUCACAUUCGCAUUCACACUCACCUGAUACAUCCAUUACAUCAGAAAGCCAAGGAAAUUAAGGAAGUGUAGUUUAGAAGACACGUACCUAGAUCAAACACUUGCUAAAUGUAUAUAUAUUGUGUCAAUGUCAAUGAGCUGGUUUCAAACAAAUAAAAGUUGAAAACAAAGAUAAAGGGAGAGGAAAGUGAUAAUGCAAUUAUGCAAUAUGGUCCUAGCAUAGAAAGCAUGCUUGAGUUUUUUUCUUUAAUAUUAUUUUUGUAUUUGUUGAGGAAGUUGAUUAUUUUGAAUUGUGUAUACAAUAUUGAAUUUUGUUCCUUUAUUAGUUAGUUACUUUAAAUAUAUUUUUAUUCAUGGGAA